UUCCUCUUUCCUUUUCCAGUAUUGCCGCCCCUUUCCCCGGUUUCCGCUCCGGUCGAUCCGCUCCGCUGUCUCUCCCCGAGAAACCCUAAACCCCGUAACCCUCGCCGCCGGUGAUCGCUGGUCCCCUGCGUCGGCCGCCAUGUUCGGGACCCCCAACUCUCCCUCCCUCUUCGGGACGCCCUCUUCUGCGCCCUCUUUCGGAACUCCCUCCACUACCCCUGCCUUCGGCACCCCUUCCUCCACGCCGGCAUUUGGCGCGCCCUCGUCCACCCCGGCCUUCGGAGUCCCUUCAUCCACCCCUGCCUUCGGCGCACCCUCCUCUACGCCGUCGUUUUGGACGCCCACUUCGAGCCCGACGUUUGGCACGCCAUCGUCGACCCCGGCGUUCGGAGCGCUGCCGUCGUCAUCGCCGUCACCCUUUGGGUUCCAGCAGCAGGUGACUCCGUCCCCUUCGCCUUUUGGUUUCGGCGGCGGGGCUGGCGGGCAGAUUACCACUCAGAUGGCCCCAGUUGCGCCGCUGCCGCUCUCGCCCUCCGACCGCGACAUUCAGGCUAUGGUGGAUGCGUACAAGGAGGACCCAGGCAACCCUCGCUAUGCUUUUAGGCAUCUAUUGUUUAGCGUGACAGAUCCUUCACAAAGGGUGAAGCCUGUAGCAGCAUCUGAUAUCAUGUGGGCAGAGGCGAUGGGUAAGCUUGAGUGCAUGGAUAGUGCGGACAGGGAGAGGCUAUGGCCUCAACUUGUGCAGGGGUUUAAAGAUCUCUCCUGCCGGCUUAAGGUAUACUAGCAACCAUUAUUGAAACUAGACACCUUUCAUUGGAUGUGACGAAUUGUCAAGUGACAAAGUACUGAUUUUUACAACCUCAAUAUGUAGGCAUACUUCCGCAUACAUGUUGAUAGCUGUAAAAAGUUGACAAAAAAUGCUUAUAUAUGAACUUUCUAACUCACCUUCGUUCAAUAUGUACUUCGAAAUGUAGAUGAUAAAUAACAUAGUGCUCAAUACAGGAGAGGAUAUCCAUAUUAUUACUCUUAUUGUUGGUAACAUUAGUUUUUUCCUAACAUACCAUUUUACCUUGAAGAGCGAUUACAUGCCACACUUGGAUGACACAUCAAAAUGGUUUUAUGGUGUUGAUUUGGUUUUUAUGAAACGUCAAAUAUUUAAAGCAACACAGGUUUGUGGUGGAAUAACUCCACUUUGCCCCUACCGAGUGUACAACACAAGUCUUGAAGUAACUGCUUCAAAGUGUUGUGGUAGAUAUCGCUCAAGAUGCAAAUAUAGGCCAAUGUGGUAGCAGAAGUUCAGUCCAGAACUCUUAGAACAUAAGGUCUAGUCCAAGAUCUGAUACGAGGCAAGCCAUAGGGCUGGCCGAUCUUCAUAAUUGGAAUUGGAUUCAUGGAUGAACAAUUGAACACAAAGAACAAGAGGAAACACACACAAGGCAAAAAUGCACUACCAAGUACACACUCAUAGCACAAAGUCAAUACAUGAUGUGCAACUUAGAUCCAACAAGCAAGCAAUGGUAAAAGGCAAGACGAGGCUGUUCAUCCCCAAAUCUAAAAGAGAUGGAGGUCUUGAGAGAUAGUUCUUCCCCAACCCAAAGAGAGGAGGGCUGGCUUGUAAUCAUUGGGAAUUCUUCUCCCAGAUGGAGGUCUUGAUCCCCUUAGGGGAAGGUAGAUUGAGCAAACCUCUUUCAAGUUCUUAGUCUAUACUUUGCUAACCUUUUAGCUUGUUUGCGACCAAAGGAGCUCUAUGAUCUUCUGGAAUAUUCAUGACCUUAAAGAAAGUCUCCACUUUACAUAGUCGAUCAAGGCACACUUCAAUAUCAACACCGCAUUAAAAGUAGGGAUCUCAACUUUCACCUUAUAUCUUUCUCUUGCAUAUGUAGGGUUGGGUACUCUAGGAUAUGCAUAGAGAUCAGGUUCUUCAAGGCACUGGCCUUCUUGAAGUACGCUAAACUGCACGUUGUUGUGGUACUCUUGCUCCAAGAUUACCCCCAUCUUCGUCGUCGGAACAUCUUCCUCUUGUAAUAAAUGGCAUCUUAGAGUCCAGUUGUCUAUCAAGCUUAAUCUAGAAGUAUCUAAUGUGUGUGUGUGUCCUGGUAAAAGAAUUUGUUUGCCGGAAGAGUCCAGUCAUCUUGAUGAGGGCAUCCCAGUACCUCAUGUUGUUCCCAUGAAGGAGGAGGUGAAGCCCAACUUCAGGACUCCUCCAAGUUAGAGGUGUGCCAAAGGGGGUGACCGAACCAUGUACUUGGUCGGUUCCAGUUUUACUAUUUUAUUUCCAGGUCAUGAUAUGGGCCACUUAGGAUUUUUAUUUUGUGUGUUUUAGUGUGGGCCUGUCCAACCGACUAGUUUUCUAGAUGCUUAUAUGAGGAGGCCAGUGGCUAGGUUUAGAGGGGGUCAAAUUUUUAGAUCGAGUUUUCAACAUUGUGUCCACGUGUGAAUCAUCCCUCCGGGGACGGCGCUGUUGUUUAUCAAAUAAAGUGAUGAUUGCAUGAAGGUUCUUGUGUGAUCAAGGAUUAUCGUGCCAAGGUUAGAGGCGUGUUGUUCAUCUUCACGUUGCUUGCUGGAUUCGUUUCCUCAUCUUCAGGUUGCGUGGAUUGAUCACGUGAUUAGAAGGUUUGCUAUCUAAUUGUCUUGCGGUGAAAGAUCGGGCAAAAACUAUAGGAUCAUCACGUUGAUCCUUAUCAUGUGGUAUCAGAUUACUGGGUUUGUCACCGCGUGUUCGUCUUAUUGAAAUUGAUCUGCUGGUGUUUGCUAUAGCACUCGUAGAUUGCCGAGGCUUUGAAGAUCUGCUGUGGAUAGUUGUUGGUGCCGCCGAGGAGCUUGCACGUAGAUUGAAGAUUGGGUCUAAUUGAUUUCCGUUUCAUUUGUGACAAGAUCGAUUUCCUCUGUUCUCGGAAUACAUACAGGCGCCAAAACUUAUUUUUCCGAUCGAUCAGAUUGGAUCCGUUUCUCCCGUGCGUGCAGUCCAGGAUCAAGCGAGGAAAAGAUUCAAACGAAGCAGCUGGGUUUGCGCACGGAUCUGAUCAGUUUUUUUGGUGAGAUCAGUUUGUUUGUUUCAGUGUUGGAUAGGAAUCGGUGGUUAGCGUAUGUACGUGGAAAAGUCUGGCCAUAAUAGAAAAAAAGGAGUUUGCUUCAGAUCAAUCUAUCCGCUUUUGGUGGAGCUUUUUGUGUGAGAAAUAAAAAAGGAACAAGAUCAAGAGAGAGGUACAGACCGGAUUGUUAUUGCUUUUACUCACUAUUUUUUUGGCCCAGUUAUUGUUGCAAUUUUGUGUGAGAAAAGAACGAUCAGCAAGUAGAGAAGCAGUCGUUUGGCGUUUGGAUUAAUCUGGUUAGUUGGACACACGUACGUAUUAGUAGAUCGGAAAUUCUCUACCAACUCACGUUGGUUCCCUUGUACGUGAGUCUAAUUAACAGAAAAAAAUAGUGAUUUUAUUUUCUCUUUGCAAAUUGGAAGAUGCCUUCCACAUGGUUUUCUCGGUUGGAUGAGAAGUCUAAGGAGCUGGCUCGAACUGAUAUUGCUGAUAUACAACAGAUCAUUAAAAAGAUGCAAGCGGAAUUAAGAAAGCCCAUCACAAUUUUUCCCGCACAUACUGUGCAGCCUUCUGCGAAGGUAAUUUGCAAGGACACGUCUGUGGUUCAGAUAGAUGAUGUCAAUGAGGCAGCGACAACGCAUACUGGUUCUAAGGAGGACAAGGCUGAUGCUGACACAAUUUUGAUGGAUGACGUUAUACCAUUGAUCGGGCUGAAUGUGCAACUCAAGCCGGUACAUGGUGAUGCUUGCAUGACAGUUGAUAGAGGCCAGCGUUGGAAUUUAUUUCAGACACAGUGCAUGAUCAAGGGCAAGGCAUGCAAGUUGAUGAUUGACGGUGGUAGCUGUACCAAUGGCAUAAGCAAGGCAAUGGUGGCAUCUUUGGGGUUGUCCACUUGGCGUAUUCCUGAACCUAAGUAUCUAGAGUGGUUGAAUAGCUGCGGUAUGCUAAAGGUUACACAUAAGGCGCGUGUGCCAUUUACAGUUGGUGAGUAUCCUAAUGAGGUGGAAUGCGAUGUAUUGCCACUAGAGGUGUGUGGAUUGUUACUUGGGUGUAUGAUCACAAUGCUAUCUAUGCUGAGAGAGCAAAUAUAUAUAUAUAUAUAUAUAUUAUAUAUGUAUAUAUAUAUAUAUAUAUAUAUACAUUUUUGCAUGAUGGCAAACAAUGGAUGUUGAAGCCUAUGACAGAUGAUCAUAUCAAGUCGGAUGUGGUGUUGGUGAUGCGCAACAGCGCAAGGAGAAAGUGCACAAGGCCAAGCCAAAACAAAGGAUAGUUGAGCUUCCGAAGGAGGAGCAUGAUGGGAGGAGUGUUAGUACUAAUAUUGUUUCAGCCGUGCCUGUCGAUGACAAGCCAGUUGUGCCUGUUAAUGACAAGUCGGUUGAUGCCAAGCCUCUUAGUGGUGAGAUGACAAAGAUUGCAGCUAAUCCUACACUUCUAAUUUGUGUCGGCCAAGGUGUUCAGAUAGAUGAUAGUUGUGCUGCUCAUGUCUCGGUGCUUAUGGAGGAGCGGGUAGUAGACUGCAUGUUUGUUGGACCAGUAGGGGGGAGAUUUAUUGGAGCAGUUAUGCGUAUGCACACAGGCAAAGAUGGAUGUGUUCGUCAAUUGUGUGGCCCGUGCAUUGCUCCUAUUUUGCAGGGUUGUACAAAGAAGUUCCACGUUCAGCGACAACGAGCUCCAUCGACAGUGGAGAAGAAGCUGUUGGCGCCUAAGUCCAAGCUUAUGUGGCGACGGAAGGUGGUGCCAUCGGCGGUGACAAGUACAGGUAGCCGAGAGGGAGGAGGUGGUGUGGCAGGUCAGCGAGACUUGCAGAUGGCGGCGAAGCGUGCCAUUAUUGCUGAUUUGAUGCCAGCCAUUAGAGAAGACCCUCCAGCGUUGAGGACAACGCCUUUUCAACGGGGGGAGGAUGAUGAGGGCAUCCCAGUACCUCAUGUUGUUCCCAUGAAGGAGGUGAAGCCCAACUUCAGGACUCCUCCAAGUUAGAGGUGUGCCAAAGGGGGUGACCGAACCAUGUACUUAGUUGGUUCCAGUUUUAUCUAUUUUAUUUCCGGGUCAUGAUAUGGGCCAUUCAGGAAUUUUAUUUUGUGUGUUCGGUGUGAGCCUGUCCAACCGACUAGUUUUCUAGAUGCCUAUAUAAGGAGGCCAGUGGCUAGGUUUAGAGGGGGUCAAAUUUUUAGAUCGAGUUUUGAACAUUGUGUCCACGUGGUGAAUCAUCCCUCCAGGGACGGCGCUGCUAUUUAUCAAAUAAAGUGAUGAUUGCAUGAAGGUUCUUGUGUGAUCAAGAAUUAUCGUGCCAAGGUUAGAGGCGUGUUGUUCAUCUUCAAGUUGCUUGCUGGAUUCGUUUCCUCAUCUUCAGGUUGCAUGGUUGAUCACGUGAUUAGAAGGUUUGCUAUCUAAUUGUCUUGCGGUGAAAGAUCGGGCAAAAACUACAGGAUCAUCACGUUGAUCCUUAUCACAUCUCCUAGAUGAAAGUUGUCUCUUAGAUGGACCCAUCUAGAAGUAGGUGUGUUGAAGUACUUAAAGGGUCCAUAUAAGCAUGUAUCCCCAUUGUAAGGAGGGAAGCAAUGAAUAUCUAGUUUCUACCUAUGCUUCUCUUCUACCUUAGUAAUUCUCCAAUCUUUCCCCACUAACCCCUAUACUGUACGACGGCACCUACAUGGCAACGAACCUCUUGUCCUUUGAGUAUACCACCCUACAACCUCCGUAGCCAGUGUCAGCAGCAACAUCUGGUAUCAGCGCCAGAGCCCAUGGUUGACAAUGUGCCUGAAAGAAAGAUCAAUUUUAAUGAUGAAGUCUUGGCAGCGCAUAGCCGAUCGACAAAUUCACCAAGGAGUUUGCAUCGCUGGAUCUGCGAGUCAAGGCAUUGAAGGAGAGGUCAGGUGUGCCGGGAGGAGGCGAUGGCAUCUUGUAGCGCCCUUCAUCCUUACCCUUCCUGAACGGCAACAAAUCAGCAGAUUUGGCCGCCAACCUAGUGACAACAACGACACAAACGCGGACAGGAACUUGGUGCUCUCGGGUUCCCGCGCACCCUAUAUGCGCCAAAAAAUUUAGUAAUUCAAAAAAAGUUAAAAAAAUCCAAAUCUUUUUUGGAAUCAAACAUGAUUAGGUAUUGUACUCAUAUAAAAAGUUUGGACAAGAAAUGAUUCCUAUUGACUUCCGGGCAAAAGAGACAAGUUUAUGAAGACAAUAUAGCGUGAAUAGUACUUGUAUAUAGCGUUUUUUGCUGAAUCUUUGACCUAGGAUACAACGAAAGUCUUUCUUUGACGAAUCUUUUUAUACGACCACAAUAUUUGAUCAUGUUGGAUACCAAAAAAGUCUCGAGAUUUUUUGAACUUUUUUUGAAUUACUAUUUUUUUUCGCAUAUAGGGUGCGCUGGUACCCAGGUUCUUCUAUGUAUUUUCCACAAUCUUGGCACAACACCAAGUGCCAUGCUCCCAGACAUCAUCACAUCAUCCCACACGAUGCAAGGCUUACGGAUAGUGUCUCCCAAUUCACAGACAUGAUUUUUGUUUCCACUGCAACAAAUGCCACCUAGGCCCCUCAAGUCUGGUGUCUCACAUGUUCCUCCAUCGGUGGUUCAUGUUGCUAACACCGUGAGAGUGCCUUGAUACGACAAAUUGGAUUUUCUAUCAUUUAGUGGUGAGGAUGACCCGCUGGUUUGGUUGAACUGGUGAGCAAUUUUUAGGGGCAAAGCAUCGAAGGAGCGGUGUCAACUACGGUUUCGUCCUCCUAUUCGGACCAAUCCAUUAGGAGAACUUGCGUGCUUCAAACAGAUGGGAUCUGUUGCAAAAUACAUAGAGAGGUUUCAAGCACUACUUUGUCGUGUUGACCCCCUCUCAAUGCCGCAGCAGGUUCAACUUUUCACGUCCAGGUUGAUUGAUCUACUACGAGUCAAUGUGGAACUUCAUAACCCUUCUGGCCUACAAGUGGCCAUGAGCCUAGCUUGUGUGUAUGAAUAACGAGCAACCAUCAUAGCUACGGCCUCCAAUGACAAGUCAUCCAUGCCUAUCGAACAAUAACAAGGUAUGGAAUGCUAAAGCUCCUUUGGGGAAGAACACACGUUCGCCGAUUGCCAAGUGCAGAGAUGGCAGAAAGAAGGGAAAACAGAUUGUAUUUCAAAUUGCGAUGAAAGAUUCUCAAGAGGCCGUCGUCGCCCACGCCUUUUUUGCCUUGAAGUAAAUGAUGGCGAUGACGAGGAAGAUCCGCCAUGAACUACAGCUGGAUGACGAGUUGUAUCUGCAAGGGGGGAGUAAUGUUGUGUCAUCUUAGAGUACAGUUGUCUUCAAGCUUAGUCUAGAAGAAUCCAGGGUGUGUGCGUCCUGGUAGAAGAAUCUGUUUGUGGGAAGACCUCUAGUUAUCUCCUUGAUGAACCCAACCUAGUCUAGAAGUAUCUAGGGUGUAUGUGUCCUAGUAGAAGACUCUAUUUGUGGGCAGUCUAGUUAUCUCUUUAGAUGGAUCCAGCCUAGUCUAGAAGUAUCCAGGGUGUGUUGAAGUACUUAAAGGGUGUAUAUAAGGAUGUAUCCCCCUUGUACGGAGGCAAGCAAUGAAAUACCUAGUUCCUACCUAUUGUUCUCUUCUACCCCUCUAAUUCUUCAAUCUUUCCCCACUACCCUUCUACUUUACCACGACGCCUACAGGCGGCAACCCUUGUGUUCUCUGAGUAUCCCACCCUGCAACCUCCGUAGCCUACGUCAGCUACACCAUUUUCAUUGGCAACAUGUGGAACAUCCUUUCUUAUCAUCUCAACUAGCUAAUCAAAUCUCCGCUAGGAUCCUCAUGUAGUGUUUUAGUGUGUUGUUACGCUGCAUCCAUCCUCUUCUCCCGUUGCUCCAUCACUUGCUACAACUCACUUUCAAAGAGGACACCGAGAACUACUAUUGAUCAACAAGGCUCUGGUAUCACCUCAAGCAGCACAAGGUUGUGGAGGAACAACUCCACCUUGCUGCUGCAGAGUGUACAACACUAUUGGUGAAGGAACUACUUCAACGUGCCGAGCUGAAUAUCGCUCGACGCAAAUAUUGGUGAUAUGGCAGCAUAUGGGUUCAGUUCAAAACUAAGAACACAAGAUCUAGUCCAUUAUCUUAUAUAAAAACACCAAGCUGAAGUAGCUAGCGGGCGUUAUGAACUAAGCUUCUUGUAUUGAGUGAGGCCAACAACCAGUACAUAUACCCAAGAGGGAAAUAAGCAAAGAAGCCUCUAUGCAAUAUGGCAACUACACACAAAACACAGCCCUGGUCUAACACCCCCCCCCCCCCCCUCAAACUCAAGGGGGAUCUUGGACACCGAGUUUGGACAGGAAGAAGAUGCGUUGUGACCAUGUCUGACCUUCUGUCAGAAAAGCAGCGAGCUGAAGCUUCGAGGGCACAUACUUUAGGGCCACCUACCUCUCUUGCUCUUGCACCCGAGGACGCAUGUAGGAGGCAUCAACACGGACGUGCUUGGUGAGCUCAUGCUUCACAUGAUCACGAGUAAUGCUGAGCGCCCCAGUGUUAUCAAAGAGCAAAGGGGUCGGUGUAGUUGUGGAAACACCAAAGUCCUGAAGAAGCCAACGUAGCCAAGUGAUCUUUGCAUUCACGGACGCCAUAACACGCAGCUCAGCCUCAACAUUGGAGCGAGAUACACCAGUUUGCUUCUUGAUAGAGAGAGGAGCCAAGAGAAACACAAUAGGUUUGAGAGAGAGAGAGCGGCGAUCAUUGUGGCCCAGAUCGUGUCACAGCAGGUCUGAAGCUAAAGACAGCUGGAGCAAGGGAAGGAUAAGCAGAGUCACAUUCCAACGAAGAUAACGAAGAACAAGAAGAUGGCUGUAGUGAAGUUGAGUGGGAGCAUAGACUAACGGACUCAUAAUGUGCACAACUUAAGAAAUGUGAGGGUGAAUGAUGCCUAGAUAGACAAGGCUCCCGACAAGAUGAUGGUAGUGAGCGGGAUCCGCAAGGGGUUCACCCUCAAUAGGACGAAGAUGAAGACCAAACUCCAUAGGAGUGUCAACCGUGCACUGAUCAGUGAGGCGGAAGAUCUUGGAACAAGUGCCUUCAGGGAAGAAAUGAUCUCAAGUCCUAGAAAGUAGUGAAGAGAACCCAAAUCAGGCAUCAAGAAUUGCUCAUUUCGGCGACUCUUGACAAAAUCAAUGAAUUGGUGGUCAUCCCCUGUGAUAAUCAUGUCAUCAACACAGAGUAGCAAAAGAGUGCGAGCAUGAGAAGUGUGAAUAAACAAAGUAGGAUCAUGAGCAGUAGCAGAGAGUCCAGUCCCUGUGAUGACGUCCGAGAAACGCCGAAACAUGCACGGGGAGCUUGUUUCAGCCCGUAAAGAGAGCACCAAAGGCAACAAACAAUGCCAUUAGAGAGAGUAUAUCUAGGAGGCAGCUGCAUAUGGACCACUUCCCGUAGGUCACCUUUUAGGAAUGCAUUCUUGACAUCCAAUUGAGAGAUGGACCACUACCGAACAACUGCAACAGCCAAAAGAGUGUGAAGAGUGGUCAUCUGAGCAACAUGAGCAAAGGUCUCAUCAUAGUCAUGACCAUACUCCUGCUGGAAGCCACACACAACAAGACGAGCUUUGUAGUGCUCGAGAGAACCAUCUGAACUUGUCUUAACCUUGUAGACCCUUUGCAAGUGAUGGGUCUAAUGCCUGUAGGCAGUGGUAGAAGGCCCCAAGUGCCUCUCCGCAACCGCCUCGUGAUACGACUCAACAAUAGUGGUAGCAACAACAACAUAGGAGGCUGGAGAGUGGCAGUCACUCGGAUUAUAUUGAGGAGCAAGGGGGAGCAGGUGACCCUGAAGCAACGGGACCCAACGAGGAAGGAGUGGAAGUGGAAGGUGGUGCAUCAGAGGGAGAAGGGUGUUGAGCACGAUGGGAGUAGACAAAUGGAAAAGGAGAGAGAGUGAAUGACUCAACCCGGGUAGGAGAGUCAGGAACAGAAACCUCAUCCUGUGUAAGUUGAAGCUCAUGAGCAGACGAAGGAAUAGUCUCAUUGGUUGCAGUAGAAGAAUGACAAGGGUAGAAGUGGCGAGACUUGUCAAAAGUGACAUCUUUGGAGAUCCCCAGUCUUUGAGCAAUAGGGUUUGACAACGGUAACCCUUGUGCUCUAAAUUGUAGCCAAGGAAAACACCUUCAACAUAUUGAGCUGUUCGUGAGGGUGGAGAAGAACAAAACAGGCACCCCCAAAAAGGCGUAUAGCACUAUAAUUAGCUGGACCAUCACCUAGAUGAUCAACUGGUUAUCCCCCUGAGAACAGAAAACUGAAUAUUAAUGAUAUAAACAACAUUAGAGACACUUUCAGCCCAAAAGUGUGUGUGUGUGUGUGGGGGGGG